AUGGCUUGCAAGAAACAGGUUAGGCGCAACGGCGCUGGCGUUCUGUAUCCUGCUCCACGGCGACUGAGGGUCACCUUCGGUCAAGGCGGGUUUGACUUUGGCAACGGCUGCGACUGCCUGCAUGAGGCUGCAUGCGCUGGCCCAAGACGGCUAGGCUCUUUGACGUCGCUCGUACAGGAGAAGCUGUUCUGGAGCUGUCCUCGAGCAGAGCAGCUGUCGUGUCGGCGUUGCACAGGACGAGGUCGACAAUGGUUCAUCCCCGCCGGAGGACACGAUGGGGCCGUCCCCGGAUGGCGUGGCAUCUGCAGCGUCGGUUUCAGACGCGCGGAGGAUGAAGGAUAG